AUGUGUUGCAAUCUGAUCAAGCUUGGUGCAAGUUCUAAGAUUCCAAAAAGGAAAAAGAAAACAAAAGGAGGCAGGCUUACGCCAGGAUCUCCCAAAUGUGAGUCCAAGAGGAUCCGACUUGAUCCCAACCUCCCUCUAAGCAAGGCACAUACGUCUGAUGAGGCUAGUUUCGAUGGUAUGGUUCAAGGGAAGGGCAAGUGUCUGGAGGGACUUCUGAAUGGUCCUCCCGAGACAGGAAAGACCGCGACCGCCGAGAUAGAGGCUGAGGCGUCAAACUGGCCGCUUUAUGUAGUGACUACGAAUGAGUUGGACCCUUAUGCGCAAGACUAG